CGUAAGCCUUAGGUUUUCAGGAAUUAGAAUUAAUAUACUAUUUUUAAUUCAGCCAAUUUAGGACAAAAUCGCACAUUCUUCUCUCCCUUUCCCUAAAAUCUCUCUGUAUCAACAACAAAACAAUGGUGCAGGUAUGGAAAUGGGGCAGAAGAAGGUCUACAUUCCCUUUAAUUUCUUUGAUUUUUAUGCUUUUGAUUACUGCUACUAUUCUCUUCAACGAAUUCAAAAUUCAACACUUUCAUCACAAUCAAAGCUCAGAUCAUCACCUUCAUUUACAACACACCCUUAAUUUCUCUCCAGUUGAACUUGAUAGAUUCACUACAUGCAGCUCCACCGUAAAGUACAGUGGCCGGGAAGUGGGUUGGGGUGGAAAUCACCGUUAUUUACCUGUUUCUGAUGGUGAGAAAGAGUGUGAUGUGUUUUCAGGGAAAUGGGUUUUUGAUAAUACUUCAUAUCCUCUUCACAAUGAGUCCCAUUGUCCUUACAUGUCUGAUCAGCUUGCUUGUCAUAAACAUGGAAGACCUGAUUUGGGUUACCAGUACUGGCGGUGGCAGCCCAAUCACUGUAACUUGAAGAGAUGGAAUGCUACUGAAAUGUGGGAAAAGUUGAGAGGGAAAAGAUUAAUGUUUGUGGGAGAUUCACUGAAUAGAGGGCAAUGGAUCUCCAUGGUUUGUUUGUUACAAUCAGUGAUUCCAGCUGAGAUGAAAUCCAUGUCCCCAAAUGCUCAUCUUACUAUCUUUCGAGCAGAGAAUUAUAAUGCCUCAGUUGAAUUCCUGUGGGCUCCUUUACUUGUUGAUUCGAAUUCUGAUGACCCUGUAAAUCAUAGAUUAAGUGAUCGUAUAAUCCGUCCAGAUUCUGCUACAAGGCAUCUUUCUAAAUGGGAGAAUGCAGAUAUACUUGUCUUCAAUACAUAUUUGUGGUGGAGGCAAGGACCUGUUAAGCUAAUGUGGAGUAGUGAAGAAAAUGGAGUUUGUGAAGAGUUGGAUGGUCGACCAGCCAUGGAGUUGGCCAUGAAAACGUGGGCUGAUUGGGUGGAUUCUUAUGUCGAUCCUCUAGAGAAGCGAGUAUUUUUUGUAACUAUGUCUCCGACUCAUAUGCGGAGUCAAGAGUGGAAUCCAGAAAGACAAGGAAAUUGCUACAAUGAGACUAACCCCAUUACUCAGGAGAAUUACUGGGGAAAUGAUUCUGAUGUGCCUACAAUGAGAAUGGUAGAAAAAAUUCUUAGCCGAUUAGGAUCAAAGGUAAGAGUUCUCAAUAUCACUCAGCUUUCUGAGUAUCGUAAAGACGGUCAUCCUUCUAUUUAUCGCAAGUUUUGGGAAACGCUUAGUCCCGAACAAUUGUCGAAACCCGAAUCCUAUUCUGAUUGUAUACAUUGGUGCUUGCCUGGUGUUCCUGAUGUAUGGAAUGAACUACUAUUUCAUUUUUUAUAGGAACCUUGAAUACAAAUUGUAGGUAUGCUUUUUCUAAUGUCAAUUACUGAAUUGUGCAAUUGUUUGGAAUUUCACCAUUUUGUGGUUUUUUU